GUGUUCUUUACGCUCUUUCCCUCGUACUUCAGCUGGUAGAGGAAACAGAAACUAUAGUCACUCAUAUUUUUUCCUUUAUAAAAAUUUUAUACUUCAAAGAACCAAAUACGUUUAAUAAAAAAGACAAACUACAAGACGACAUGGAGCUUGAAAUCCAAGUAUCCGUCAAUUUUCUGAUGAACUACCUUUACAACAAGCUACCAAGAAGACGAGUCGACCUGUUUGGCGAAGAAUUGGCCAAAAAAUUGACCCAGAAAUUCGAAGGCCAUUGGUAUCCUGAUAGACCCCAAAAAGGAAGUGCCUACCGCUGUAUUCUCAUCUCCGAAAAGCUUGACCCUGUCCUGGUCGAAGCUGCUAAAGAAAGUGGGUUAAAAAUUGAGGAUGUAAAGGCAAAUUUGCCCGAGAAGCUAUGUUUGUGGAUCGACCCUCACGAAGUGUCGUACAGAAUCGGCGAACAAGGUUCAGUCAGCUCAAUUUAUAAGAAGGAGAGCAACAGCUUUGCCGAUGAGAUUUCUGAUGCCGAAACGGCACGAUGGGUCGGUCUUUUGAACGGCCAUAAUGCUACAAGGACCAAGUCGUUCGAAAGAAGUGCCGAACGAUCUUCGCCUACGUUCUCGAGUGGUUCUUCUUCUUCGUCCCCCUCGCCAGUAAUGGGCCAGUCUUUUGCUCCAUAUUUUGCCUGGAGUACAGCAGAAGAUAUGGGGAAGAAACCUCGCUCAAGGCCAGGAAGAAAUAUUCCUUCUCCUUUGUCUCCAAACGCUCAAGAAUUCAGUCCUAUCAAGCCAGUCGGACGGCCAUGGACUUUCCCUAGAACAACAGAACGAUACCACCAAGAUGGCAGACGUAAUUCGCCUCCUUUUUCAAACUCUCCCAACUUAGACUGGCUUGCUUUUGCUGAUAUGCCUUACAGAGACAAUUUCAACAAUUCACAGAUGCCAAUAAUGGCGUAAGAAAGAAACUCUAAAACAUAUACUUUUAGAAUAAUCAACAAAAAACAAGUCCACAUAUAUUGCCAAUAUUUAUAUAAAAAA